AUGUCUGCCAAACCAAAACAUAUGAAGAUAACAAACUCUAUAACCCCCCUGGGAACAAACACAGAACCCCCUGGGAACAAGAACCCCCUGGGAACAAGAAUCCCCCUGGGAACAAUAAUCCCCUGGGAACAAGAACCCCCCGGGAACAAGAACCCCCCGGGAACAAGAACCCCCGGGAACAAGAACCCCCCAGGGAACAAGAACCCCCCGGGAACAAGAACCCCGGGAACAAGAACCCCCCGGGAACAAGAACCCCCCCGGGAACAAGAACACCCCCGGGAACAAGAACCCCCUGGGAACAAAACCCCCCGGGAACAAGAACCCCCGGGAAAAGGGAACAGAAUCCCCUGGGGAAAGAAUCCCCCUGGGAACAAGGGAACAGAAUCCCCCUGGGAACAGAAUCCCCUGGGAACAAUAACCCCCUGGGAACAAGGGAACAAGAACCCCCCUGGGAACAAGGGAACAAGAACCCCCCUGGGAACAAGGGAACAAGAACCCCCUGGGAACAAGGGAACAAGAACCCCCUGGGAACAAGAACCCCCUGGGAACAAUAACCCCCCUGGGAACAAGAACCCCCCUGGGAACAAGAACCCCCCUGGGAAUAAUAAACCCCCUGAGAACAAUAACCCCCCUGAGAACAAGAACCCCCCUGGGAACAAUAACCCCCCUGUGAACAAUAACCCCGCUGAGAACAAGAACCCCCCUGGGAACAAGGGAACAGAAUCCCCCUGGGAACAGAAUCCCCCUGGCAACAGAACCCCCCUGGGAACAGAAUCCCCCCAUGAACAGAAUCCCCCCAGGAACAGGGGAACAAGAACCACCCCGGGAACAAGGGAACAAGAACCCCCCAGGAACAGGGGAACAAGAACCCCCUGGGAACAAGGGAACAAGAACCCCCCAAGAACAGGGGAACAAGAACCCCCCAGGAACAAGGGAACAAGAACCACCCUCGGAACAAGAACCACUCCGGGAACAAGGAACAAGAACCCCCCAGGAACAGGGGAACAAGAACCACCCCGGGAACAAGGGAACAAGAACCCCCCCAGGAACAAGGGAACAAGAACCACCCUGGGAACAAGGGAACAUAAUCCCCCUGGGAACAAGAACCACCCGGGAACAAGGGAACAAGAACCCCCCAGGAACAGGGGAACAAGAAUCACCCCGGGAACAGUGGAACAAGAACCCCCCCAUGAACAAGGGAACAAGAACCCCCCCAGGAACAGGGGAACAAGAACCACCCCGGGAACAAGAAACCCCCAGGAACAAGAACCCCCCAGGAACAAGGGAACAAGAACCACCCCGGAACAGUGGAACAAAGGGAACAAGAACCCCCCAGGAACCAGAACCCCCAGGAACAAGGGAACAAGAACCCCCAGGAACAGGGGAACAAGAACCCCCCCAGGAACAAGGGAACAAGAACCCCCCCAGGAACAGGGGAACAAGAACCCCCAGGAACAAGAAACCCCCAGGAACAAGAACCCCCCACGAACAAGGGAACAAGAACCACCCCGGGAACAGUGGAACAAGAACCACCCCGGGAACAAGAACCCCCCAGGAACAAGGGAACAAGAACCCCCCCAGGAACAAGGGAACAAGAACCACCCUGGGAACAAGGGAACAGAAUCCCCCUGGGAACAAGAACCCCCAGGAACAAGGGAACAAGAAACCCCCAGGAACAAGGGAACAAGAACCACCCCGGGAACAGGGGAACAAGAACCCCCAGGAACAAGGGAACAAGAACCACCCCGGGAACAAGGGAACAAGAACCACCCGGGAACAAGGGAACAAGAACCCCCCCAGGAACAAGGGAACAAGAACCCCCCCAAGGAACAAGAACCCCCCAGGAACAAGGGAACAAGAACCACCCAGGAACAAGGGAACAAGAACCCCCCAGGAACAAGGGAACAAGAACCCCCAGGAACAAGGGAACAAGAACCCCCCCAGGAACAAGGGAACAAGAACCCCCCUGGGAACAAGGGAACAAUAACCCCCCAGGAACAGGGGAACAAUAACUCCCUGGGAACAAGGGAACAGAAUCCCCCCAGGAACAGGGAACAAGAACCCCCCAGGAACAGGGGAACAAGAACUCCCUGGGAACAAGGGAACAGAAUCCCCCCAGGAACAGGGAACAGAAUCCCCCCAGGAACAAGGGAACAAGAACUCCCUGGGAACAAGGGAACAAGAACCCCCAGGAACAAUAACCCCCCCAGGAACAAGAACCCCCCUGGGAACAAGGGAACAAGAACCCCCCCAGGAACAAAAACCCCCCUGGGAACUAGGGAACAAGAACCUCCCCCAGGAACAAGAACCCCCCUGGGAACAAGGGAACAAGAACCUCCCCCAGGAACAAGAACCCCCCUGGGAACAGGGAACAAGAACCUCCCCCAGGAACAGGGAACAAUAACCCCCUGGGAACAAGGGAACAAGAACCCCCCCAGGAACAAGAACCCCCCCAGGAACAGGGAACAAGAACCCCCUGGGAACAAGGGAACAAGAACCCCCCCAGGAACAAGGGAACAAGAACCACCCCAGGAACAAGGGAACAAGAACCCCCCAGGAACAAGGGAACAAGAACCACCCCAGGAACAAGGGAACAAGAACCCCCCAGGAACAAGGGAACAAGAACCCCCCAGGGAACAAGAACCCCCUGGGAACAAGGGAACAAGAACCCCCCAGGAACAAGGGAACAAGAACCACCCCAGGAACAAGGGAACAAGAACCCCCCAGGAACAAGAACCACCCCAGGAACAAGGGAACAAGAACCCCCAGGAACAAGAACCCCCCAGGAACAAGGGAACAAGAACCACCCCAGGAACAAGGGAACAAGAACCCCCCAGGAACAAGAACCCCCCCAGGAACAAGGGAACAAGAACCACCCCAGGAACAAGGGAACAAGAACCCCCAGGAACAAGAACCCCCUGGGAACAAGGGAACAAGAACCCCCCCAGGAACAAGGGAACAAGAACCCACUGA